GGUGAUUUGGAUGGGGCCAGGCGCAUUCUGCAGGAAGCCUUCAAGGCCAAUAGUGACAGUGAGAGCAUAUAUCUCGCGGCUGUGAAGCUCGAGAGUGAGAAUGAUUUUGUUGAGCAUGCACGAAUUCUACUGACCAAAGCGCGUAAACUAGCGGACACGCCAAAGGUGUGGACCAAGAGUGCGAUGCUGGAGUGGCAGCAGGGCCAGCUGAACGAUGCUCUGGCUAUAUUAGAG